UGCCCGGGCCUGCUGGCAAGUGGGGUCGCCCGCAGGAACUGGUGAUGGUCUGGUGCUCGGCUGUGUCUGGUGGCUCCAGAUCCUCCACCCUGCCUGCCUUCUGCCUCGCAGAUGGGAGGAUUUAUUAGUUCACGAGGCUAGGGCAGGGAGGUUGAGGCAUAGCGCUUGGUGGCUGCCAUAUUUUUAACAAAUAGGGCAUUAAAGUCCUGAAACCCCCCGAGUCCCUCUGAGUCUGAAGCAGAUCUAGCUGUGACACCACAGGAUGCCAAUCAGACUCAAGAGAACUCUUUGACUCGGAUGCCAACUGGACUUAAAUCAUCUCCUGAGCCCAUGACAACUGCACAAACUGUGAACCGGCAAACUUGGGGGGGCAGCAUUUCAGAUCACUUGAUGCUUGGACCUGAUGCAUCUACACCUGGUCCAGAUCUUACCACGCUGGAGUUCAAGCAGGACACCAAGUUGAACACAUCUAAUGGCUUUUAUGUGGAAUAUGAGGUACUCCUUUCUGGUGAAUCUGGUACUGCUGUGGUAAAAAAUAUCACUUUGGACAGUGCAGUUAGAAUUGAGCUCUCAUGCAAACUGGAUGAUAAAUAUUCCUCUGUGAAAGUGCUUCAAGUGACUUGGAAGAAGGGAAAUGAAACAAUUGGACACAUCAAUAAAACGGAAAAUAGCUGGAGCAUCCAAUUGACAAUCUCAGAUAACAGUAAGCUGGGAAGUUACAGUUGUACUGUGAAAAGUGAAGAAAAAUUCAGCGUGGUAUUUCAUUUACAAGUACCGAAAAUUGACGUAAAAGACAAACCUGUAAUCACUUAUGAAGGAGAUGCAGCUGUGCUGGUUUGUAAAAGUUCCGGUUAUACUCCCAUUUCUUGGACCUGGUACAUGACCAAUGGAAGUGAACAGAUUGCCAUUAAUGACUCUUUGCUGUUGGACAAGUAUGUAAUAAAUAGAGUAUUUCCCAACGUAACCCAACUGAAGAUACUGAAGCUCACCAGUAAAGAUGAUGGUGUAUACUGGUGUGAAGCUGCUUUUGAACUAGGAAAAAGUAAAGGAAAACUGAAGCUUAAAGUUCUGUCACUCAUGGUGCCACUCAAGCCCUUUCUAGCAAUAGUAGCUGAAGUUGUUGUAUUAGUAGCUGUUAUUUUCCUUUUUGAGAUAUAUUCGAAAAGGAGAGAGAAAUGUGCAGAAGUUGAAAAAGAAUUUGACCAAAUUGAGCAACUUAAAUCAGAAGAAAGCAACGGUGUGGAAAACAGUAGCACUAGACACAGAAAAGUUUAAUCCCGUUCCUAGAAAGGAGAUUAAGCCUACAGAAGCGGAAACCAUCACAAAGCUACAGAAGAUAUAUGCAGCUAUGCAUUUUAAACAUCAACCGUGCUUCUACAUAGACUCUUCUACACUUGUGAGAAAUAUGAUGCUUUUAAAAUAGCUGUGAAAUGGCUCAUUUUAUACAGAUAAUGAAUUCUAAUAUACUGCAUAUAGACUCUUGGUGUCUGUAACAUUGAUGUUUGUCAUUUACUAAAAGGCAGUUUGUAUGUGGUCAGAUUUCAUAUUGUUUUGUGACUGAUCUGUUUAAUUUUGUCAUAAAUUAGAACUAUGCUUGCUUUUAUUGAAUGAACAGGUAAUAUAGAAUGGGCUUAUUAUCAAAAAGUGGAUAUUGAAGGCUUGUUAGAAAGCUGGACUUGCAAGAUCAAAAAUGUAUUUCCACCAAAGACAAUGCCUUUUACUAGCAUAUAAAGCAAAUGUGACAUACAACCAUUUUUACCAAAGAAAUAGUCAAAGGGAAAUCUUUAUCAUGACUUUAAAUGAAACAUCAACAGUUUCGCAACUUUCAGUGAACAGGAAAAUGUCUUCAUUAUAACUUUUGCUUAGCUUUAUUUAAAUCAGAAGGAAAUAUAGGUAUGUUUUGAGUACUUAAGAAUUUCUUUUAAGAUGUACUGCCAUAUGGCUGUGGUGCCAAACUAUUUCCAUAUAGGCUAAGCACUUGAAUACUGUGCAGACUGGGUGUUCUGUCACUAUUUCAGAAUAGAUGGAAGAAGCAAUGGGGGUACAGUACCAUACCAAAAUAAAAUUGAAAUAGUUGCCUACACUUGCACAAAUGUAGACCACAGGAUGUAUGAGAUAUGCGGAACCAGUUCUGACUAUACUUUAUACAGAACACAGAAAUUUUAAGAAAUUCACCUAUGUGGUUCUUAACAUAUACUGUGCAAUUAGUAUUUCUACUUGCUUUUGCUUAUGGUGUUGCUUGACAAACUCUUACCAGAGAACAGCAAAGGUGUUGAACAACUAAAAAUUCUAGGGUAAUACAGUAAAGCAGCAUGAGUACCACUAGUUCUGUUCACACACAGAAUUGUGGCACUGCUUAAAUUGUGCUGUUGUUGUUGAAGAGUUAGCUGCCAUAAUAAAUACACCAAUUAAUUACAUUAUAUAUUCAGCAACUGAAAAUGCGUAACUAAUGGAAGAACAGGCAACUAAUAGAAAAACAGCUGAUUGCAUUACUAGCCUUUUUUUUUGCUAAUCCAAAAGAAAAAAUAGAAUAUCUUUUCUUUUGUGGACAGGAAAAAGUGGACUCUCCAAAAGCGCUUCUUCUCCCAAAAAAAAUGUAAGGAAAAAAGCAGGCGGCAUUUGCAAACUCCCUAGUCAAGUGAAAAGAAAAAAAAUAUAAAUUGCAUUGCCUCAAGUGGCCAUUUUUGAAGACAGAAAAAGGUAAAGGCUAGCAUUGGCUGUUUUGUUAGAAAUGAACAAAAGGUAGUCUGAUCUGUACUUCGUUGCUACUUUUUCACAUUUAUUUAGCAGCUUUAACAAAUAAAGGUUAAAGCUUGAAUAAAAAACAAUGGGAAGUAUAUAAACAUGAAAUGAUUGACUGUAAGGGCUGAAUACCGAUAAAGAUUUCCCUUGAUAAGAUACUAUGUUUAUUAUAUUUUGCCUUGGAGUUUCUAUGCACUAUAAAAGACAAUGCAUUUACAGGUUUUUAUAUGAAUUUCUUAUUGAUAUAACAGUAUUUUUUUUUGCUACAGUAAGUAAAUGUUUGCAGGUUAAAAAUAACUACUUCUGUAUAUUGAUAGUUUGAAACAUAAUUUUAAGUUUAUCAUUUGUUAUAGAAUAUGGACUUUCGUAGGAAAUGCAGUAGUAAAAAAAGUAAGCUUGCUUAUAGGUCCAUGAAUUGCUUUCUGAAUAAAGCGGAAUUCUUUGUAACUAAAACGAGGCUAGGUACAGUCCAAAAAAGCAUACUAAAAGGUGGGGAGGGGACAGGAGACUUCUAAUCAGAAACUGGAACAACUUGUUUCUGCCUUCAGUUAGCAUUCCUACAUGAUCCUAAAAUUGUGGUAUGAGGUCUUGGCCACCCAUAGGCAUGUUACUUGAAUAGUGUUUUGCCUUAGUAAACAAGGGCUGCAGCAACAGGAGGCAGGAACCAGAGAACCUGAACUGUGUACCUUAGAUCUAUGGUGUGUUCCUCCUAUCAGCACUGUAUUAGAGUCAAACUGGCCGCUGAAAUUGUAGUUUGAUCUUGACCUGCUGCCAGCAUGUUCUGCUUGCUCUGUUUCCAAGGGAGUUUGUAUUUUUUGGGUUGGUAAGUAGGCUUAUUCUUCAUGUCUGCCUUGGUUCAGACCUUUUAGGUCUAUUCCCCUACAGAGGGGAAUAAUAAAAAAUAGGUAUUAAAUAAUUGGCAUAAGUAACUGGUAUAACUCUAAAGGCAAAACUACCUUUUUUAGUUUUGAUGCCAUGAAAGAAGCUCUAAGGAUCUAUAAAGACAUAUCUCAUGAGAAAUAGUUAACCCAUGUUGUAUAUAUUCAAGAUGUUCCUACUGCAAUUGUUUUUCAUAUCUGUUUUAUUAAGCAAACAUAGCAUUUAACAAAACAAAAAAGGCCGUUAA